GCUGAAAAUCAGUGUCUAACCGUGACGUAGCUAAGGCAAACGCACUCGCGUGAUAACCUCUAUUACCACGACUGAGACUAUCUGCUUCGUGAGAUACUAUACUGUUCAGAGCGGGCAGUGAUCCGAUCUGUAAUAUUUUGUCCCGAUCUCGUCCCGGUUGCUCUGAUCCGGGACACUGGCGCGAUCAUCACGUUUGGUCGAGUUGAGAUAUAAAUAGAAACAUACGACAUGUUAUUAAUUAUAUAAAAGCACUCUCUCUGUGGCCCGAGCGUUUGCACUGCUGGCUAGCGUAAUACAUCAACUCAACGGCAUGUUAAAUGUAAUUCGUCCUGGGAUGUCACACGGAGCGGUGGCACCUUCUAUGUGUUGAUGUGAAUGCGGAAGUAACCAACCACCUGAUCAUACCUGACGACAGGGAAAAACAACAUCGGCUACUCGAACAAGGAAUACGCACUUGGAUCUGGAAAAUAUGAGUAGAUGUCAUUAUAUAUGGAUUAAUUAAUGAAUAGGAGUUAUUCGUAUAUGCUGAUAGGCAUGGAAAUAUCAAACGUCAAGUAGGAUCGAUUACUUCAAGUGUUUAUAAACAAACACGGCGUCACCCUUGUCAUUCAGCGAUCGAGUCGAAAUUAACCAUCGGGAAUUUGGAGAAACUGCUGGUUCUUGUCGUCUGAUGGCGUCACAGACAGCAAGUUUGUUAUGCAGCUUCCCCGCGCGGAUACAUGAGAGCACAGACAGGGUUAUGAAGGACGUCCGUGAAGAAUGGAUUCGAGAUAUCGUUGUCUUAAGAGAAGACAGGAUCAUUGUGUCAGAUUUUGGCAACGGUUUAAAGUUAUUCGACUCCCAGGGCUCGCCGUUGAGCAAGAUCAGCAGGCCCAUUCGUGUCUGCGCCGUGACAUCAUUGUCACCCACACUCAUUGCUUCGACAAUAAAUUUCGAUAGCGAUCCACAGACUGUUCUUGUCACCGUCGACCUUGACACUGGUGAAAUGAAGGUUCUCAAAACUGUCAGCACCACCAUCAAUUACCGUGGCAUUGUGGGAAUUGACGAACACACGUGGGCAGCGAGCACUGCUUGGUGGAACGGCGGCGGUGGCAUCUACAUACUCAACGACGAUGGUGAGAUUGAGCGAUCCUACAAUUGUCCAGAAAAAUCCAAAGUCAUGAUGCAGUGUUCAUUACACAUGACUGUAUCGCCGAAUGGAGAUUUUAUUGCGUCGGACGGAAACGCGGGAAAAGUCGUGGGAGUUGACCCCAAAGCAGACGACAAUCCUGUAAAGUUUGUAUACAACGGAGAGAAGGGUCACACCUUAGAGGCCCCCCUUGGGGUUGCAUGUGACGCCCAGUGUCGGAUUUAUGUAGCGGAUCAGCGUCUCAACCAUGUCGUCGUGUUGUCGUCUGACGGCAAGUAUAUACAAACGAUACUGGAUUCUAAGCAGCUGAAAGAACCCAGCGGCGUAUGUGUGUUUAAAGACAAGCUGUACGUUGUGGAGAAGGUGGGGUCAGUCAAAGUAUUCCAACUUGCAGAUCAGUAAUGUCUGAAUGGAGAUGAUCUGUCUUGUGGUGGGAGUUCUUUUAGGAUUUAGUCCACGAAGUCCGCACUGAUGAGAUGAAAACAGCCUGAUAACGAUUAAGGUUAAGAAAAACAUACAACUUUAUGGAAAACCAGCUUGAUACCGGUGUAAGAAUCUACAUCGAAACGUGGCUACAUGCAAUAAACCAGAAGUUGUUAUCCAUAAAGUUGUACGUAUUUUGUUUGUUUUGGUUUUUUUG